GCCGCUGCCUGGGGUCUGAAGGGAGCUGCCUCCGCCGCCGCCGCCGCCAUGGCCGCUGGAUCCAGCCACCGCCUGCAGCUGCUCCUGGCGCAAUGAGGAGAGGAGCCGCCGCCACCGCCCGCCGCUGACUCGCGACUCCGCUGCCCUCCGGUUCACCCGGCCGCCGCCGUCAGUCCGCCGGAUCUCGCUGCUGCCGGAGCCGCAGCGUUUGCCGUCGCAUCUCCGAGCCAUCUCCUCCCUCCUUCCCAUCCCCCUUCUCUUCAAGCGUGAGGCUCGUGAUCCUUCCGCCGCUUCCCUUCUUCAUUGACUCGGAAAAAAAUCCCCGAGGAAAAUAUAAUACUCAGAGUACUUAUUUUCAAUCAAGUAUUUGCCCUCGUUCACGUGAUAUAUAUAUAUAUUUUUAAGGAUUCCACUCCACCCUUUUUCUCCCCUCCCAGGAAAGGGAGGCGAAAGAAUUGUAUUUUUCCCCCCAGCCCUAAAUCAUCUAUGUGUUAAAUAUCCGUACUGAUCUGUCUUGAAGGAGAAAUACAUCGCUCUCAUUUUUUUUAAAUAGCUAUACAAAAGGAGUGAAAAGCCAAGAGGACGGAGUCUUUUUUUUUUCCUCUUUCUUGCGGGAGAACUUAAUGCUGCAUUUAUCAUUAACGUAGCACCCUAAUAUAAAACAAAAGGAAGAAAAGGAUUAAGGAAGGAAAAGGUGAUUCAAGAAGAGCCGUCAUGUCGGGGCGACCGAGAACCACCUCUUUUGCAGAGAGCUGCAAGCCAGUGCAGCAGCCUUCAGCUUUUGGUAGCAUGAAAGUUAGCAGAGAUAAAGAUGGCAGCAAGGUGACUACAGUGGUGGCAACUCCUGGACAGGGUCCUGACAGGCCACAAGAAGUUAGUUAUACAGACACUAAAGUGAUUGGAAAUGGAUCAUUUGGUGUGGUGUAUCAAGCCAAACUUUGUGAUUCAGGAGAAUUGGUCGCCAUCAAGAAAGUUUUGCAGGACAAGCGAUUUAAGAACCGAGAGCUCCAGAUCAUGAGAAAGCUAGAUCAUUGUAACAUAGUCCGAUUGCGGUAUUUCUUCUACUCAAGUGGUGAGAAGAAAGAUGAGGUCUACCUUAAUCUGGUGCUGGACUUUGUUCCGGAAACAGUGUACAGAGUUGCCAGACACUAUAGUCGAGCCAAACAGACACUCCCUGUGAUCUAUGUCAAGUUGUAUAUGUAUCAGCUGUUCAGAAGUUUAGCCUAUAUCCAUUCCUUUGGAAUCUGCCAUCGAGAUAUUAAACCACAGAACCUCUUGUUGGAUCCUGAUACAGCCGUAUUAAAACUCUGUGACUUUGGAAGUGCAAAGCAGCUGGUCCGAGGAGAACCCAAUGUUUCAUAUAUCUGUUCUCGGUACUAUAGGGCACCAGAGUUGAUCUUUGGAGCCACUGAUUAUACCUCUAGUAUAGAUGUAUGGUCUGCAGGCUGUGUGUUGGCUGAGUUAUUGCUAGGACAACCAAUAUUUCCUGGGGACAGUGGCGUGGAUCAGUUGGUGGAAAUAAUCAAGGUCCUGGGAACACCAACAAGGGAGCAAAUUAGAGAAAUGAACCCAAAUUAUACAGAAUUCAAAUUCCCUCAAAUCAAGGCACAUCCUUGGACAAAGGACUCGUCAGGAACAGGACAUUUCACCCCAGGAGUACGGGUUUUCCGGCCCCGAACUCCACCAGAGGCAAUUGCACUGUGUAGCCGUCUACUGGAAUAUACACCAACUGCCCGAUUAACACCACUGGAAGCUUGUGCACAUUCGUUUUUUGAUGAAUUACGGGACCCAAAUGUCAAACUACCAAAUGGGCGAGACACACCUGCACUCUUCAACUUUACCACUCAAGAACUGUCAAGUAACCCACCUCUGGCCACCAUCCUUAUUCCUCCCCACGCUCGGAUUCAAGCAGCUGCUUCCACCCCUACGAACGCCACUGCAGCCUCAGAUACUAAUGCUGGAGACCGUGGACAGACCAAUAAUGCCGCUUCUGCAUCAGCUUCCAACUCCACCUGAACAGCCCCAAGUAGCCAGCUGCGCAGGAAAAACCAGCAGUUACUUGAGUGUCACUCAGCAACACUGGUCACGUUUGGAAAGAAAAUUAAAAAGAGGAAAAAACAAAAACAAAAAACCCUGUUCAUUUUAGUGUUCAAUUUUUUUAUUAUUGUUGUUCUUAUUUAACCUUGUAAAAUAUCUAUAAAUACAAACCAGUUUCAUUGUAUUCUCACUUUUAAGGAGAUCCAAGGGGUGGGAGGGCUGGGGCGGGGGGAGGAGCGGAGCACCAGAACACACAAUCUCUCCCACGACAAUCUUUUCUUUUUUUUAAAUCAGACGUCUGCUGUUGUAUACCUUAAAGACCAGACUCCUGCCUCACGCCCCCACCACAACAGAAGAAAACCUGUUCUGUGCUGGUUUAUUUUCUGAUUUGUUUUCUUUUAAAGUCUGGUGUAGGACUUUGAUACAGUGCACAGCUUGAAAUUGGUUGGGAGCUUAGCAGGUGUACUCAGCAGGGACUUAAUGUCACCUGUAAAAUGUAUACAUAGCCUCGGGUAUUUGAAGACUUGCCUUUGGCAGGUUGAUGGCAGGUGUGACAGACCAAAAAAAAAAGAGAGAGAGAGAGAGAAGAAAUGUGUAUUGUUCAUAGCCCAGGGAGGUCACUAAAGUCUGAAACUUAGAAGGGAAGAUUUGUGAUUGAUUAUUUAAGGUUUGUUUUGCUCUUGACCAGUGCAAGUAUUGCAGAUGCUGGCUUAGGAAGGCUGCAGGGAGCGACAGCUGCAUGCCCUGGGGUGGAUCUUGGUUCACCUGACCAAAGGCUGUCCGCAUAACUUCAUACUGUUUUGAGGUGGUGCCCUGAGAUGAGAUUGGAGAUGGUGAUGAGCCAGCAGCUCUGGAUGCAUCAGAAGGCAAAUGACAGGAAGGCAGCAGGCCAGGGGCAGAUCUCACCACUGUGAAUGAAUUUGUCCAGAGUUUUCUAAAGUUAUUUCCCUUAGAAAAAUACACUUGAGAGAAGACAUUGUAGCUAAAUAAUGUGAACUGUAACAGUCUACUGCUUUAUUUUUCAUAUUUUAAUUGAAAAUCAAGCUUGCAAGACUUUCCAUGUUCUUACACAUAGUUCUAAUUUUAAAUCCAAAUCUAGACUGUAUAUUUAAUUUCUGCUUUUUAACAUCAUGUUUUUUAAAUUUAUUUAUUGAUGCAUGUCAGAUAGGCCAUUAUGAUUUUAAGUGGUAGGCAUAUUAAAAACCACACAUCAAAAUGAUAAAGUCACCUGUACCUGCUGACUUUAUAGGAAAACUGAUUAUAUCAAUGUGUGUAUAUAUGUUAUAUAUACAUAUAUUCAAUACUGCCUUUUCUUUUUGUCUAUAAUAUCAAAAUUGACUGACUGAAUCAUGAAAAGAAUGUUCCCUCAAUCAUUAAGAGUUUUGUUUUAGUUUUCUAUGUUUAUCAAUGAAUGGUGUAAGAAUCAGUCUCUUGUUAUUUGAAGACAAAGCAAUAUUCCUUGGAAAGCAAGGAGGAUUGAAGGAUUACGUUUGAAUGAGGAACAGAAUUCAUAACUAGUUUGUUGAUCCUUUUAAGGUUGGUAUCUUUGUGGGCCUUAUAUACUCUAAAAUGAACCUUGGUGCUUAUGGGCCAUUACUUGACCUAUGAAUCUUUAAGGCACAAUCAGUUACCUUUCACAUUUAAAGAUCACUUGAGUGAUGGCCACCUUUCCUUCCUCCCUCUCUUUCCCCAGUGUCUGCUAAGGUCAGCAAAUGAUGAGGCCUCCAGAGCCCUUGGCUGUGUGUGGCCUCCUUUGCCCUCAUUACCACCUUCAGUCAUUGGGGUGGGGUCCUGCCCUCCAGGUGAGUGGGAAGAGGGGUCUCUUGGCAGCCCUUGUCCAGGCCCUAGCACCCUGUCAUGCCUCUUCAACCGCGUGUGUAACUCUCCAAGAGAGUUGCGCUGCCUGCCGAAAUGAAUCGAUAGUAGAGAGACAGCAGCGAGCCAUCUGACUUUUCACUCACUGUGCGGCUACGCUCUUUGGGCCACAAAAGGGGCUUCUCAAACCUCUGCUUCUGUCAGAGUUCACAGGAAAGGAAGCAUGCUUAGUCAAACCAAAUCAAACAAAUAGGCUUUUACUUUCUGUGAAGUGCUUCCGAGAUACAGAGUUUGAAAGAAUUCUGAAAUCAAAGUAUUUGACAGCAUAGUUCCUAGAAGGGGUGACUUAGAAGGCCGUUUUUAGAAAGAAUUUGUAAAGAGUCUGAAUAAGUGGUUCUGUGGCCUAAGAGGGAACCUGCUUUCAGAUAAAACUGCCCAGCCAGACACAGACACUACUCUGGACUUGGUGUACUUGCUAGAGUCCAUAAAAAUCAGUGCUUGCUUUUAGCAAAUACUCCCCACCGCCCAGAUGGAGUAAGAGAAGAGCAAGGUUAGGUGCUUUUCUCUAACCUGUGUGCGUGCGUGAUGUGUGUUUUUGUGAGUGUGCAUGCGCGAUUCUGUGUGUGUGUGUGUGUGUGUGUGUGUGUGUGGGCUGAGGUGCACGAUUUUUCUUUCUCAAGGAUCAUGGCAGGAUCACAGAACUUAUACAAGUGAGAUCCAGGUGUCUGAAUAUCUUUUUGUAAAUAAUAAUAAUUAAAAGCUCCUCACCAAAUUCAAGCCUGUAUAUUAUAUUUUCUUUCGAUGUUUUUAAAUUUAAGUUUUAUUGUUUUGUAUGUAAAUAUGUGGACCCAGGAACUGUUAUUAAUGAGCAAAAAGUUACUGUUCAGGGCAGUGAUUCUGUUUAAUAACCAGACAAAAAUGUAGACGAGCUUUUUAAAGCCAUAUAGUUUUGACUCUGUACAGUAGGUACCGGCCUGUAUUAUUGUAACAAUAACUCUAGCAAUGUAUAGUGUAUCUAUAUAGUUUGGAGUGCCUUCGCUUCCAUGUAUUUGGUUUUGUUUUGUUUUGUUUUUUAAUUGACUUCCUUUAUCCAUGUGUCCCUGUCAGUCCCCUUUCGGUCUGAAGUUACAAUGUAACAGCACCUUUGCCCCCUCCACAGUUUGAGUAGGGGAGAGGAAACUGUGUUUGAAAUCUCAUUUCAUUUUAGCCUUGCCUUUCUUUGGUUCUGGGUGUGUCUGUCUCCUCCUCAGUAACAGCGACCGGUUUAAUUUCACACUUAGUCCAUGCAGGGACUUGGUGGAGCGCAGGGAGUCCCAGAGCUGGAGGAUGUCAGAUGGAUUGGGUUUUGCUCAUCUUUUCCUCAAGCCCUAAAGCGGGCCUUGCAGCAGAUUGGGAAGAUCCCACGCUCACUCUGCCCCCACCUACUGCCCUCCCAACCAAGAGAAAGAGACAUCGGUUUUGUUUGAUUUUGAAAAAGAAGUCACGCUGUCAUGGUGGCAUUUGUUUUUUGAUACGCCAGUGGUCUGGGUGCCCUGGUGAAGUUGUUGGCAGCUGCUGUACCAUGCGCUGUGCUGGUGAGGACUGUCAAGUGGACUCUGAACCCAUUCCUCCCUCCUGCCAUCUUGUUGGGUGAAGCAUCAUUUUAAUUUCUUUUUUGAAAAUCAGUUUCCUAACUGUGCCUAAUAUGGCCUUUUGAAAGAAAAAAAAGUAUUCAUUUUGCCACCAACUACUUUGUAUGUCUUGAAUAGAAGAAGGAAAACAGAAACAAAAAAGCCACUAUCAAACCAAAGGUUGCUAUUUUUGAGACAUCGUGUGUUUAUUGCACAUGGCAGAAGACUGCACCUUCUUUCCCAUAACAUUCUGUGUUGUUUUUUACUUAAGUCUUUAAUUCUUUUAGAUCCAUUUAUUAGGUUUGUGUAUUAGCAAUGUGUAUCUACCUGGUCUUCCUGUCCACACCAAUAUAGAGGUCCUGAGAGGACCGUGUUCUCUAUCCCUGUGGAUGUAAAGACACUGGCAAUUCUGUUACAUUUCCCUUCCCUUUUAAGGGUUUUAACUUUGGAAUCUUCCAAAGGAAGUUUGGCCAGUGCCAGAUCUCCCAGAGUUGGGGUUUUUGUUUUUGUUUCUUUCUUUGUUUUAAAUCAAAAUUGUGUCUGGUUCCUAUUGACACUACUGAUUGUUCUCAUCACAGAGAUGAACACGUUUCUCCCCUGUAUGGAAAGUGAGCAUCCUUUAUGGUGAAACCUGUCUUUUCUGGUAAAAACUGAAGCCACUGAAAAUAAACAACUAGAAGCACAGGAGAGUCCCAGACCGAGAUCUCCUUGGAGAGUCUUGGGAAGUGAUCCCUGGCGUCUGGGGCCUUUUCGCGGGGCUAUGCCAUUUUAUUCAAGCUUGUUGUUCCAUUGUGUAUCUCCACAAUACAAACAAAAUGACAGCCAGUACAUAAGGGGUUAGCUUGACAAAGUAGACUACCUUGUGUUAAUUUUUUUUCUUACUAUAUCUGUCUACAGGCAGAUACAGAUAGUUGUAUGGAAAUGUGCUUGCCUGUAAUAUUUGCAUUUAUAAAUGUGUUGCCGAUGGAUCACUUGGGCCUGUACACAUACCAAUUAGCGUGACCACUUCCAUCUUAAAAACAAAUCUAAACAAAAUUUAUUAUUAUUAUAAUAUAUAUAUAUAAAGGACUGUGGGUUGUAUACAAACUAUUGCAAACACUUGUGCAAAUCUGUCUUGAUAUAAAGGAAAAGCAAACGCUGUAUAACAUUACUACUUGAAUGCCUCUGUGACUGAAUGUUUUUUUUUUAUUUUAAAUAUAAACUUUUUUGUGGAAAGUAUGCUCAAUGUUUUUUUCCCUUCCCCCAUUCCCUUGUAAAUACAUUUCGUUCUAUGUGACUUGGUUUGGAAAUAGUUAACUGGUACUGUAAUUUGCAUUAAAUAAAAUGUAGGUUAGCCUGGAAAUGAAAUUAAAAUUCACAAGUGUGUGGUCUUUAUUUCAGUGCCCACCCCUCUCUUUACUCUGCCUACUUUGCCAUUGCAACUUAUAGUCACAUCACCAUCUCCUCUCCACUAACUGGGGAAACACGAAUCUUUGUUACGAACACACAACUCUCAUUCUUUGAAAUGGCCUUGCUCUGAUAUAUAGACAGGAGGGGCAGCUUCUGGCCUGGAAACCCCUGGACUUAAUGUAGAGGACGUUCUGCAGAUACUGUUAUGGAAAGAAAAUGUCCCUGGAAGGGACAGUGGUAAAAAUGUGUGUAAGCUGCUGUCUUUGGUUACUGUGUCCAUGGUUUGGUGUGACUGUAUUUUCUUUUCUCUUCUGCUUAUUAGUAAUGGCCUUUGGGAGUCUCUGUAAAACAUGAACGACAUGGACAGUGGGUCUGUGUCACCCAUAUAACCAACACGUGUUUGAGGCCGCUCAUUUCCAGUACUGGAUAAUGUAUGUUAACAUGUUAUGUCUCUUAGUGCAAACAGAAACACCCUUUUUUUUUAGGGCUGGCUCAUUGUCAGGCCUAAAGGUUAGAUUUAAGGUCAUGUGACUGCUGCUUCAAUAAAGACAAAUUUAUAUUCGA